ACAAAUUGUGAGCGACGCGCGCGUCUCGCUGCCCAAAGAGAAAACAUUGAGAAUAGACUCGAGCCUAAGGACUGUGACAAGAGUGAAGACAUAUAAACAUAUAUAUAUAUAUGUAUGUGUGUGUGUGUGUAUAUAGAUAAAAGUGUAACUCUAAUAAAUCAGGUGUUUAAUCAAUCUCGUCGUUGACCUCUCGUCCAGCCGCAGUGUUUUUACAGCAUUCGGCGAUUAAGUAUACGCCAGGAAGCGGAAGUCGAAAGUUGCUGCAGCCAAGUUAAAGCGGAAGUUGGCCGUUCAGCACCGCCCCCAGCAGCACCCAACAGCGCCAGCACUCAACGCCCAUUUAGCGCCGAGAAUGCCGAAAAUCAAGUUGAAGUACACAUAAUGCAGUCGCUCGACUAAGAAUCUCAACGGACAAAUCCAAUUCGAAGGCAAACGCAAUUUGAGAAUCCUUUUCAGCGGCAAUUCGUCUCAGCAGCAAGUGCGUUUAAUACCGGCAGCCGGAAGCAGGAAAUAGAUACAGUAAUAGCUACAACAAAAUGGCGGAUCUGGAACGCAUUAGACUCGUCCUGCUGGGCGGCGCGGGAGUCGGCAAGAGCUCCAUUGUCAAGCGCUUCCUAUUCAAGAGCUACACGGACAAAUAUCGCGCCACCGUCGAGGAUCUCUACAAUCGCGAGUACGACCUCGGCGGCGUCACCCUAAAGGUGGACAUUUUGGACACAUCCGGUGACAUGCAGUUCCCCGCCAUGCGACGCCUCUCCAUUGCGACAGCGCACGCCUUCAUGCUGGUCUAUGCGACAACCUCGGCCCCCAGCUUCCAGUGUGUGAAGCAGUGCUUCGAGGAGAUCCGCGAGCAGCGCGCCGACUUUCAGGAUAUACCCAUUGUCAUAGCCGGCAACAAAGCCGAUUUGGCCACCAGCCACCGGGAGGUGCGCCAGGAGGAGGUAACGGAUUGGGUCUUCUGCGAGCUGCCACGCCUCAGGGCUAAGGUGCUCGAGUGCUCGGCGAAGGAGGACACCAACGUGACGGAGCUGUUCAAGACGCUGCUCUCCCUCUCCCGCUUCCUGCCAGCCAGCAGCGGCAGCAGCGGCGGCCCGGGCGGCUCCAGCUGCGAGGCAGCGCCAAGCGGCUUCAAGCGGCGCUCCUCGGCCUACGUCAGCGCCUCGUCCAGUCGCAACAAGAACCGCAUGAACAGCCCCUCGGUCAGCGGAGAUAAGAAGUCGAGCCUUGUGGAUGCCGUCGAUGUGGCCAGCACCAGUGCGGAGGCUAAGCUAAAGCCACGUUCCAGAUCGCUCAUACGCCGUGCUUCACGCAAGACCAAACAGCAAAUCAACAACGCAUCCGACGACUGUAAUUUGCAGUAAAUGAAUACAAAAUAAAUAUUCAUAAUAAUUAUGAUAAUAAAUGUUAAAUUUGAAUCUAUGUGUACGUUAUCCAGUUCUUGAUUAACUGCAAAUACUUUAAAGACAAAACCAAAAAGUUGCUCAAGCGCAAUUCAGUUGCAUUUGCUAAGAGUAUCUCGUAGUCUAUACUAUACUACACUUUUAGUAAGGCGGUCCAAGAAGUAAACCUCUUCAAGUUUUAUGAAUUCCAUUUGAAAUCUUAUCAAUAUUUUUUAUGCUCGUUAUUUAAAGGGGACCACUUUUAUUUCAAAUCAUUUUUUACAUCCAACUUAUUGAGAGAGAGAGAGAGCGGGAGAGAGGGAGAGAGAGAGAGAGAGAGGGUGAGAGGGAAGGAGAGAGAAAGUAAUAACAAUUGACAGCUCAAAGUGUCAGAGAAAAUGGAUAUGCAGAAGUUGGUUACCAAAAUAUGGCAUAGGAUCAUAAUAGAAUGCCAUAAUGAAGUGUAUAUAGCUCGAUUUGAAUGUAUGCCACAGGAAAGGGUAUAGAGAAUUACUAGAACUAGACUGGAGAGGGUAUUACUAUAACUGAAGCUAGAAAGCGUACACAGAGUCCAUCAUACCAACAACUGAUAAGAAAGAGCUUUAUCAAGACUCCCCAUUAUCCUCUAGAAAAGAGUAGACAAGAGUAAAGGGUAUUUAAAACCUUCGUUUGCUCUGCAAUUUAUUAUAGGUGAGCCUAACCAAAAUUAGUUAUAUUUUGUUAAACUAAUGGAAGAAAGCGUAGACAAAAAUUUAUUUUUAUGAUUUAUCAACAAUUUAGCUAGAAAAAUCGUUUGGUAUUUUGUAAAGGUUAUGCGACAAUUAUAGAGAGUUCCUUUGAUAUAGAAGAGAAUGAUACGUAGAGUAUAUAUAUGAUACAUAUAUAUUUGAAAUUGUUCUAGUCUUAAGUUAGCUUAAGUAGGUGUGGUUUAGCAACAAUUCAAAUACAAUGUAUUCAAAUGUUUAAACUAAUUGUUUUUGGCUACAAAUCUGUGUAUUUUAAAUACAUACAAAUAUACUAUAUAUACGUAUAGUGUAUGUAUAUAUAUAGAAAUAUAUUCCAAAUCUCGUAGGAUUUGUUUAAUGCUCAAAAAGCAAAAAUCUGACCUUGUUUUUGAAAGCAAAAGGAAAACUGUUUGCUCGAUUUCCCCAAGUAUUUUUCCCUCUACUAUGCAAAACGCGCUGCUAAUUAACGUUUCGAGCUUUGUGUGUGUAUGUGAAAGAGUGUGUAAGUGAGUGUGUUUGUGUGUGUGAGCGAGUCGUAUAUAUAAAUAUGCAGCGCAUUGUAUAAUGCGAUUUAACUCGAGAUUUUUAUGUUAAGAACGAAAAACAAAACUUAAAUAAAAUUAAAAUAAAAUAUAUAAAAAAUGUAUAAACAGUAAACACAUUGCUGUCAGGCGUAGCCGACUGCGAAAUACUCUUUCACAGCUAAGUUCGAUUGAUACAUCAAUUCCAAUACAAAAAUUUAUUAUAGAGGAAUUUCAGAAUUGAAACUAUGGAAGAAAUUGAUGAAUCUUAAGUCCCAUAUUGAGCAAGUCAAAUCAGAGCAGAGGACAAACUGUGAACGAGCAUACAGAAAUAAAACAUAAAUAAAAUUCUAUUCAAGGAUAAUACAGGGUGCACGAUAAUUGCCAAAAAAAAAAAAAAAAAAAAUUAAUUAAAAAAAUAAUAAUAAAGAAGAAUAAAUUAAGAGCCAAUCAAACAGAGGGGAGAAUUUUGUAUGUAUUAAUUAACAGAGCAUUAGCUGUUAACUAAGUCAAAUUUGAAACUAAUAAUUAAUCUAAUAUAUUUUGUUUUAAAUUUAAUAAAAAAUUAAAAUUUUCUUUGUUAAAAAGUUGCACAAGUGAAAAAUCAACCAGAGGCAGAUGCAAAGUGAAUUGUGAUGAAAUAUUAAAAAACAAAAACAUAUAUACAAUAUAUACAUACGUAUAGGAAUCUCUAUAUAUAUGUGUAUAGGUAUGUAUGUAUGGAUUGGUUUGACGUCCAAGUUAAAUUAUAUUCUUAGGCUUAAGGCAUGUCUAGAAGAUAAGCAAAUUGUUUACACAAAUUGUUACUAAAUGUAGUUAAAUGUAGUUAAAGUCGGAGGAGGCGAUUAACUAACUAAUCUAAUCUAAGCUAUAUAUCAGGCAAACGGGGAACACAACUAAAGGCGAGCAGCAUUUGAGAGUUAUACGACUAUAUAUAUAGAUAUAUAGUAAUUGUUUCUUUGUCGGUUGAAAAAGUUUAUAUAUCAGAAUAUAAAUCAAGCCAUAGAUUUUGUUAAAAAAAACAUAAACUGAAAUCAAAAAUUUAAAAAUACGUUUAAAAGUAUACAUAGGUAUGUAUAUACAUAUAUAAUUGUGUACGUAAUUCAAAUUGUUCAUAAUGAAAAACAAAAUCAAAAACUAGAAGAAGAAAACUCAAUAACAUCAAAAACGAUUUAUUCAUUAAUAUCUUCUCUACAAAUGAAAUGUAAUUAAUUUUUCAAAUAUCAACAGAAACCAAAUAAAAGAACUUACUAAAUGUGUCCAUUUAACUACAGAA